UGUGCCAGCCGCUCAGCGGCUCCUCUCGCUGCUCCGAGCUGAAUGGCGGCUCCGGGGAUCCGUCUAGGGGGUGAAGCCGCGGGAUGAAGCGGGACAGGCGAGGGCGGAGUACGGCCUGUCACCGGAGGGCUUCCCGGGGAGCAGCCAAGGAGGACGACGGGGGAGGCAAGCUGCCGCCAGAGGUGGAGGAGCCUGGAGCGGGUAUUGGUAAGCCAUUGGGCACUGGUUACUGCCGGCUCUGCCAUGGCAAGUUCUCCUCCCGCAGUCUGCGCCAGGCCUUCGGGAAGGUUCCGGUCACAGCCUGCACCUCAGAGAAGCAGAAGCGGAUGGAUCAGGUCUUCUUCUCCGACUUCCAGCAGUUGGUCGGGGUGUCGGUGCGCCAGGACCCCUGGCUGCCGCAGUUUGUAUGCAAGGACUGCCAUGCCCAGUUUUACAAGUGCCGCAGCGUGCUGAAGACUUUUAUCCAGCGGGUGAACACCUCGCCGACCACCCAGCACAGCCACAUGACAAGCAAACCUCAAAAUCCUAAUGCUGUUACCACGGGCCCCUGUGCAGAUCUCAUCACCUCCAGCCCAGAAUGUUUGCACAGCCUGGUGAACUGGACCCAUAGCCAUGCAGGAGGCUGCUCCUCUGUGCCCAGCUUGCAGCAGGUAUUCUCCGCCCAGUACUGCGGCAUCAUACGGGCCGUGUGGGGAUGUGAAGAGGGACACGACUACAUCAUGGAAGCAGACUCUGACUCUAUCACUUCAGACUCUCACGACGAGCAAGUGCCGAAGAUGCCGAGCGGUAAUGGAAUGCAUACAGUCGGUACAGGCGCGGGCUCUGUGCACACAGGAUACAGCCCAUCAGAUAUGAUGGAGAUCGCUGUGCCUCUUCCUGAGGCUGCCAGGGCUGAUAAUCUUCCAUCACAGAAUAGAUCGCCAGCUCUGCCCCUGGAGAUUCCCGCACCCCCAUGUCCUGAGCCGGACUCCAUGCAAGAAGCACUAGAUGGAGGAGCUUCCCCUCAGACCUCGAAUGAGCUGGCAAAGGAGGGCAGUGAGCUGUCCGACGGAGAGUCCCGGAGUAAGGAAGAUGGAGAGGAGAGGGGGGACCUCCUGUCUUCAGAUGACUCCUUUGAACCAUACCCAGAGAAGAGGAUUGCUCCAAGGAAGAGCAGACACAGGGAGGCUAGAAAGACGCGAGAGCCCAGAGAAAGGAAGAAGCCGGGCCCCAAACCAGGCUGGAAGAAGACCAUUAAGAGAGAACGGGAGGAGCUGCCUACAAUCUACAAGUGUCCUUACCAGGGCUGCACUGCCGUCUACCGAGGUGCCGAUGGGAUGAAGAAGCAUAUAAAGGAACAUCACGAGGAGGUGAGGGAGCGGCCCUGCCCACAUCCUGGCUGCAACAAAGUGUUCAUGAUAGACCGCUACCUGCAGAGGCACGUCAAGCUCAUUCACACAGAGGAGAGGAAUUACAUAUGUGACCAAUGUGGACAGGCCUUCAAGCAACGCAAACACUUAUCUGUGCAUCAGAUGAGACACUCAGGAGCGAAACCCUUGCAAUGUGAAGUGUGCGGCUUCCAGUGCAGACAGCGCGCGUCACUCAAGUACCACAUGACCAAGCACAAGGCUGAGGCCGACCUGGAGUUUGCAUGUGACCAGUGCGGGAAACGAUUUGAGAAGGCGCACAACCUCAACGUGCACAUGUCCAUGGUACAUCCGCUCACCCAGAGCCCGGCCAAGCCCCAGGAAACCGAACCCGAUACCCCCUCAGGGACUAUGGAAGCUGUGAAACCAGAACUGGCUCAACAAAUGCCCAGCUGAAGACUGGACA